GACUAACUCUAAUAUCUAUGUCGAAACUGAUUUUUCAGCAAUAACGAUGCUGUCACUUGCAAGUCAGUAGACGAAGGCUAAUUUCCAACAUACAGCAUAGAGAUGUUUCCAAGAGUGUUCCUCAAUGUUUUGAUUGUGACUUCGAUCUUCAUCUACACUGUUUGCUCGGCCUCAGAUGAAGGAAACCGACUGUGGGAUGUUAAGUUAGAUCCACUACAGUUAAAUUAUGACUAUGAAGGCUGGAUAACAGUUUGUUUUGAUGGUAUAAACCUUGAUGUAGCUAAUGUUGUAUGUCGGCAAAAAGGAUUCACUAAUGCUACUAAUAUUGAAAUAAGUGACUCUCUAUCUGUUCUUAGUCCAUCAGCGUCUGGUCUUCUUGUAAUCGCUCAAGUUUUAUGUCCAUCAACUUCAAAUUACUUUUUAUACGGUGAAACCAAUAUUAUGCGUUGUAAUGUUGCUAAUCCUAUUAUAAUGGACCUGCCAACAUGUUCACCUGCAAAAAUUGUCUGUAGUAAGUUCUCAUGAGAAUGAGUGAUAAUAAGUUUUAAUGUACAUUUUUGG